GGAAGCGGAGUCCGGCGCCUCCUGGGCGGCGGAUUCGAGGGUUUGUUUUGUCAGUAGAGUUUUCUGAGGCGCCGCCGGUCGCCCGCCAUGCCGUCCGAGAGUCGCUGCUGGGAAACUCUAAGCGCGCUGCGGAAUUCCAGCAAAGGCCGCCUGCGCUACCACCGCGAGUGGCUGGUGCACUACGAGGAUGUUUUGGAAGAAUGCACAUCUCUUCCCAAACUGUCUUCUUACUCUGGAUGGGUGGUAGAUCAUGUUCUACCCAACACCUCACCCCACGUGCAAGAGAACUCUCCUUCCUCUGAUCAUUCGCCAUCCUUUGGAUCUGGUUCAGGCCUGGACCAACCCUCACUUCUUAAGUCUCCUGUCAGAAGCACCCCAGAAUCCCCCUCACCUUCAACACCAAAUGGAAUCAAGAGCACCCGUGAGUCCCAGAGCACUGAACCUAUUGCACUUCUGUCCUCCCGAGCGAUCAAAGUGGAAGGCUGCAUCCGAAUGUACGAAUUGGUGCACAGAAUGAGAGGAACAGAGGGCCUGAGGCAGUGGCAGGAGGAGCAGGAGAGGAAGGCACGAGCCCUCUCCGAGACGGCGUCUGAGCAACUGAAGAGGUUUGAUGAGCUGAAGGGACUGAAGCUGCACAAGGAAUUCCAGGAUUUACAGGAGGUGAUGGAGAAGAGUACCAGAGAAGCCCUGGGCCACCAGGAGAAGCUAAAAGCUGAGCAUCGCCACAGAGCCAAGAUUCUCAACCUGAAGCUUCGAGAGGCAGAGCAGCAGCGUGUGAAGCAGGCAGAACAGGAGCAACUUCGGAAGGAGGAAGGCCAGGUCCGUCUACGCAGCCUGUACACCCUGCAAGAGGAGGUCCUUCAGCUUAACCAGCAGCUGGAUGCCUCCAAUCAGCACAAGGACCUGCUGAAUGUCGACCUGGCUGCCUUCCAGACCCGGGGCAACCAGCUGUGUAGCCUCAUCUCCGGAAUCAUUCGCACCACCUUGGAGAGUGGCUAUCCCACAGCAGAGAACCAAGCUGAGGCUGAGCGAACACUGCAGGAAAUGCGGGACCUCCUCUCAAAUUUGGAGCAGGAGAUCACUAGAGCCUAUGAAGUCAAAAAGAAGCAGGAUGAAGAGGAGGCCCGUAUCAAGCUGCAAGAAUCACAGGUGCAAAAGGGGCCAGGGGCUCCCACUCAGCCCACUGUGCCCAGCCCAGGCCCGGCAGGGACACAGAAUGAAGAACUGCAGGUAAAGGUACAAGACAGUACCAUGCAGUGGUAUCAGCAGCUUCAGGAUGCUUCUGCCAAAUGUGUGUUGGCCUUUGAGGGCCUGACCAGCAGCAAGGACAGUCAGGCCAAAAAGAUAAAAAUGGACUUGCAGAAAGCAGCCACUAUCCCAGUGAGCCAGAUCUCCACCAUUGCAGGUUCAAAGCUGAAGGAGGUCUUUGAAAAGAUCCAUAGCCUGCUCUCUGGAAAGCCCGUCCAAUCUGGUGGGCGUUCUGUGUCUGUCACUCUUAGCCCACAAGGGUUGGACUUUGUCCAGUACAAACUGGCAGAGAAAUUUGUGAAACAAGGUGAGGAGGAAGUGGCCUCUCACCAUGAAGCAGCAUUCCCCAUUGCAGUGGUGGCAUCUGGUAUCUGGGCGCUCCACCCUAAAGUGGGGGAACUUAUCCUUGCUCAUCUCCACAAGAAGUGUCCCUACUCCGUUCCUUUCUACCCAGCUUUUAAGGAGGGGAUGGCUUUGGAGGACUAUCAGCGGAUGCUUGGCUACCAAGUGACGGAUUCUAAGGUGGAGCAACAGGACAACUUUCUAAAACGAAUGUCUGGGAUGAUCCGUCUGUAUGCUGCCAUCAUCCAGCUCCAAUGGCCAUAUGGAAACCGGCAAGAGGCUCAUCCUCAUGGCUUAAAUCAUGGCUGGCGCUGGUUGGCACAGAUCUUAAACAUGGAGCCUCUAUCAGAUGUGACAGCCACUCUCCUGUUUGACUUCUUAGAGGUGUGUGGGAAUGCCCUCAUGAAGCAGUACCAGGUCCAGUUCUGGAAGAUGAUUCUUCUCAUCAAAGAGGACUACUUUCCUAGAAUUGAAGCCAUCACAAGCUCAGGACAGAUGGGUUCUUUCAUACGUCUGAAGCAGUUCUUGGAGAAAUGUCUGCAACGCAGGGAGAUUCCUGUCCCCAAAGGCUUUCUGACUUCCUCCUUCUGGCGCUCCUGAUGUCUUCCACCAUCAGUCAUCACAUCAGUUUGCAGGAGGGGCAACAAUAAAGCAACUGAGACAGCGCGUUUGGAAGAAAUCAUGUCAGAUUUAGAACUUCAUCAGUGUGUUCUUAUGUAUGUAUUUGUACCAUGUGACUAUGAUUUUCAUAGUUUACAGCCUUUUGCCAGUCUCUUGUUAGAUUUGGUAGUUCCUAUAGGUGUCAGGACAGAACAACAAGCUAUGAGAAGAGUCAGAAGAGGCACUUAGCACUGGGAUGCAUCCUUUGUCUCCAGGAUCUUUCCGAAAGUUGGUGAGACUUUGUGUUUUUCUCUGACCCGGAGCAAGUCCACCAUUUUCACUUUCACCCUCGGCCCCGUCACUUUCUAUACACACUUGAAAGAGUAAAUCUCCUAAGAUUCCCUUUAAAGUAUCAUGUGAUGUUUGAGGCCAAUCUCUUCUAUGCAGUCCGAGUAUGAGGUAAAGCACUUUAUACUUUAUGCCUUGUAAACUACUUGUAUAUUCAGAGGACAUGUGUGGUGUAGGCAUGGACUGAACGCCAGAGUGCGUCAAGGUAGUUGGUAUGUGGAUCAAGACUAGGAAUAUGGAACUAUAGAGUACUCUCUGUCUUCUUGAUCUGGAAUUUGGUCCCUGGAUAGCUGGGGAUGCUGUACUAGAUUUGGUACCUUUUUGUUGCUUUUCUGACAAAAACUAAGAUUGACUGAGAUAUGACUUACAGUAUUAGUUAUAAGCUGAAGUUCAUCAGCAGUGAAUGCAUUGGUCAUUAGGAGGAGCUGACUAUAUUUGUUUUAUGAAUAGAUUGACUCUCUUUGUGCACUGUAGAGGCAGAGCCACAGAUCAAAUCUAGUCCAGCAGGCACAGGGCCUUGUGUGGUGGGUAUUUGUUGGUUCUCUUGAAUGGCCUAAACAUUUCAGUUGUUUACUACAGUGCCCAAAAAAGUAAUAAAGUUUGAAUUUUUAAAAAUCCUCUGCUAUUAUGUGGUUGCCUCAAUAUUAUCUGUGUCUUGCAAAUGAGCAGUAUAUGUCAGUCCUAUGGGCAUGACGUUGUGCAGGUCUAGGUAUGGAAUAUGUGUUUCUUCCUCUUUAUCUUCAUCUUGGAAAACCUGGUUUUAUAUCAUUCCUUUUUUAAAAAAAUGAUGUUCCAAUAACUGACUUUGAUCUAGCAAGAGAUGUGGAGGGUUGAGACUAUAGCACUUACCUAGCAUGCCAGAGACCUUGGGCUCCAGCUGCAGUACCCUUCCCAGGAAGAGAAGUAAGAAUGUUAAGUCCACUAAUGUAACAGAGCAGAGUGUACACUUGAACAGGAGACUGGACUCCAUUCAUUUUUGUUAUAUCAAAAAUGUAAUAUAAAGCAAUGUGGUAGUGACCCAGCACUUGGGAGGCAGAGGCAGGUGGAUCUCAGUGAGUUCAAGGACAGCUUGGUCUAUAGUGUGAGUCUCAGGACAGCCAGAGCUAAACAGUAAAAUCCUGUCUUGAAAAAGUAAAAAAAAAAAAAGUACUAGUCCUUGAAAGCUAUUAUUAUAAACUAUUUAGGAUCAUUAAAUGCCCGUUUAAUAGUUAGUCAUCUCUAAGAAUCAGACUAGACUUGUAGUCAUAUUAGAUAUGUUUUCAAGGCCAAACAGAUACAUUUUAUGUGCUCUUCAAACACUUAAGAGACCUGCAGAAUAUGGCAUUUAAGAUGUUUUAUAACAUAAAGCUCUUCAUGACAGUGAUAUACGUCUGUUCCUAGGAGCACCAAUCUACUUCAGAGAAGGUGAUAGACACCAAAGAACCUCCAUAUAGAGUUUGCUUUCAUUUGUUGCAAAGUUAGUCCUUGGAGAAGAAACUGCCCUAGCCUCCACUGCUGAUAGUAUGCUGUCCAAAUUGUACAAGCAGGACACAAAAGGUAGCUGCCGAGCUUUGUCAAGACAAAGUAAGAUAGUCCUUCAAAAUUCCCGCUUCACAGAAAAGUAUGUCAGAUAUUCUAGAUAGGCCUGUAGGCCAAAGAUGGACGCCCCAGUGUUGCAGAGGAACCUUGGGUGGCUGUUCAGGCAGCCAGGAUGUUUCUGUCCUUUCUAUAGUUUUGGAAGUUGUUUGCUUUGUUUACUCAGGUAUUAGUUUAUCCUGCUCAGGUCUCUGAUGGGGUUGAAGAAUAGAUAGUUAUACUGUUUACUUUGUUACCAAAUUCAGAAAAGAAACUUAUAAAAGAGAUGUAAAGUUUAUAAAGUUGAGAGACAUAAAAGCUUAAGUUGUUUAAGAAAAUGUUUUAAGGUCUAAAAUGAUUUUUUUAGGCUGGUAAUACAAGUUAAGGUAGAAAGUGGGUUAGGUAUAUCUCAUCAAGAUAUGAUAAUAGAGUAAUUUCUCUGAAUUUGUUAAAUACAAAUGGAGUAGGCCAAGUGAUGAUGGCACUCACCUUUAAUCCCAGCAUUCAGGAGGCAGAGGCUAGAAAAUCUCUGAGUUUGAGGCUAACCUGGUCUACAAAGUGAGUUCCAGCCUAGCCAGGACUGUUUCAUGGAGAAACCCUGUCUUGAAAAAAACAAAAACAAAACAAAAGAAAAAAAAAUAAGUGGACUUUGAAUUGUAAAUAUAAUUCUUACCUGAUAAUUGUUCUAAGUGUAUAUAGUUUUACUGUGUUCGAAUUAAAACC